CUGUACCACGGUGAAGAGGAAUUUUUCACUUCAAGAUACCUUGCAUUAAAAGAUCAUGGUAGACAGUUUAAUAGUUUCUUUGAGACUUCUCAGUUCCCUAGCAGUGCUGGGAUUUCAGCUUGUCAUCCCACAGCCUUCAAUUGAACACAGAAAGGUGCCGCAGAGGAUAGAGGAGCACGGCGAUGGCCCCGAGGACAGCGGUGGAGUGCCGGGCCUGUGGGGCAGCUGGGGCCCCUGGUCCGCCUGCUCGCGGAGCUGCAGCGGCGGCGUCAUGGAGCAGACGCGGCCCUGCCUGCCCGCCUAUUACCGGGAGCGCGGCUACCGCCGCCCGGGCCGCCACUUCCCGGGCCCCGAGCGCGCCCUGCCGCACCCGGGCGCCCACCGCGAGGACUCGCUGUCCGCCUACCCCGGGCACGUCAUCUCUGCCAUCCGCACCUCCGUGCCGCUGCACCGCAGCGAGGAGCAGCCCUGGGCGCCGCCGCGGAACAGCAGCAGCGGCCAGGGCGGGCGGGCGGCGCUGAGGGGCAGCCGGCACUCGCAGGGCCCGCGGCACAGCGCCAGGCCCGACAGCAGAAGCAGAAACAGAAAUCCCAUUGGUCCAGGGAAGUAUGGCUAUGGGAAGGUGCCGUACAUUUUACCUUUACAAACGGACACUGGCCAGCAGCCCCAGAAGCUGCGGCGGCAGCGCCAAUCGUCCAGGAGCCACCUGUUCCAGCAGAGCCCGAGCCUCCUGAGCCCCUACAGCCAGGCUGCUGCUCCUUCCUUGCAGCAUGGCAACCUCUACCAAGAGCCAGGGGGGCCUCAGGCAGGACACCCGGUCCUGGGGCCCUCGGUUUAUCAGUCCCCUUCAUUCCCUGUGUCUCAGAGCCUGUUCCAUGGCGGUGACUCCAGCCCUCAGGCCCUGCAGGGCCAGCCCCAGCCCCAGAGGGCUGCAGCCAUCGUGUGCAUUGGUGCCUACAAGCAAUACAAACUCUGCAACACAAAUAUGUGUCCUGAAAGCAGCAGGAAUAUUAGAGAGGUACAGUGUGCAUCAUACAAUAACAAGCCAUUUAUGGGUCGAUUUUAUGAAUGGGAACCUUUUGCAGAAGUGAAGGGGAGUCAGAAGUGUGAGCUGAACUGCCGGGCCAUCGGUUACCGCUUCUACGUGCGCCAGGCGGAGACCGUGAUCGACGGCACCCCCUGCGAGCCCAACGGGACGGCCAUCUGCGUGGCAGGGCAGUGCAAGAGCAUUGGCUGUGACGACUAUCUGGGUUCUGACAAGGUGAUUGACAAGUGUGGAAUAUGUGGAGGGGACAACACUGCUUGCAAAGUUGUGUCUGGAGUUUUCAAACACACGCUAACAAAUCUUGGCUACCACAAGAUAGUGGAAAUUCCUGAAGGAGCUACUAAAAUCAACAUUACUGAGAUGUCAAAGAGCAACAACUAUUUGGCCCUGCGCAGCCGCUCGGGACGCUCCAUCAUCAACGGUAACUGGGCCAUCGACCGGCCGGGCAGGUACGAAGGAGGGGGCACAAUGUUCACCUACAGACGCCCCAAUGAGAUCUCCAGCACUGCAGGGGAGUCCUUUCUGGCUGAUGGGCCAACAAAUGAAGUCCUUGAUGUCUAUAUGAUUCAUCAGCAGCCUAACCCUGGUAUACAUUAUGAAUAUAUCAUUCCAGGAGACAAUGUCAUUAGUCCUCAGUUGCUUGCUCACAGGAGGCCAGGGGAGCCACUGAAUGGUCAGUUAGGAAUGCCAGAAAGUACAAGUCAUGAGUCUGAGGAUUUGCACAGAGAGACAGACAUUCUCACUGGACAGUCAGCUGGAACCUUUCCAGUUAUUCAGCCAGGAAGAUUUCCUUCUCAUCAGCCAGAAAACCAGGUGCCUGCUAUGCAACCACCAAGGCAAAACCGAGAAUACAACUGGAAACAGGUUGGAAAAACUGAGUGCACGACUACAUGUGGGAAAGGAUCACAGUACCCAAUUUUCCACUGCGUCAACAGAAUCACUCACGAGGAGGUACCCGAGGGUUACUGUGACAGCAGCACCAAACCCAUUCCAGAAGAGGAGGCCUGCAACCUCUUCCCAUGCCCUGCUUUCUGGGAUAUAGGGGAGUGGUCUGAGUGCAGCAAAACCUGCGGGCUGGGGAUGCAGCACCGGCAGAUCCUGUGCCGGCAGAUCUACGCCAACCGCACGCUGACCGUGCAGCAGUACCGCUGCCAGCACCUGGAGAAGCCCGACACCACCAGCACCUGCCAGCUCAAGAUCUGCAGCGAGUGGCAGAUCAGGACUGAGUGGACCUCAUGUUCAGUGCCUUGUGGAGUGGGGCAGAGGACUCGAGAUGUGAAGUGUGUCAGCAACCUUGGGGACGUUGUUGAUGAUGAGGAAUGUAACAUGAAACUGCGGCCAAAUGACAUCGAGAACUGCGACAUGGGCCCCUGUGCCAAGAGCUGGUUUCUUACAGAAUGGAGUGACAGGUGCUCGGCAGAGUGCGGGGACGGGAUCCGCACACGCUCCGUGCUCUGCAUGACCAACCACGUCAGCAGCCUGCCCCUGGAGGGCUGCGGCAACAACAGACCCGCGGAAACAACGCCCUGCAACAACGGGCCCUGCGCUGGCAAGGUCGAGUGGUUUGCUGGGGGCUGGACACAGUGCUCUACUGAAUGUGGUAGUGGAACUCAGCAGAGAGAAGUAAUUUGUGUUAGGAAAACUGAAGGUAAUUUUGAAGUUUUGAACCCCUAUGAAUGUUCAUAUUUGGAAAAACCUCCCAGCCAGCAGUCCUGCUACCUCAAACCAUGUGGAUCUAAGUGGUUUCAUACAGAAUGGAGCACAUGUUCCAAGUCCUGCGAAGGAGGCUUCCGGCUGCGCGAGGUGCGGUGCCUGUCGGAUGACAUGGCAGCCAGCUCUCAGUGUGACCCACAGCUCAAACCUGAAGAGAAGGAACCCUGUAACACACAGGAUUGUGUCCCUGAAAUAGAUGAGAACUGCAAGGACAAAUACUACAACUGCAACGUGGUGGUUCAGGCCCGGCUCUGUGUGUACACCUACUACAAAUCAGCGUGCUGUGCCUCCUGCAGCCGCGUGGCCAACAGACAGCCAGGCUUCCUGGGCCGCAGAUAACACAGCCUGCCCUGCUCCCUGCACCUCUGGCACUCUGCACGUGGAGCCUGGGCAGUGCUGCUGCUUGGACUGCAGCACUUGGAGCUUCCUAGACAUGGGGUUUGUAUUGCUGAGUGCAUCGAGACUUUGGUUAAA